AUGAAGUUGAAUGAUGAUGAAGAAGCAGCUCCAAUGCUGAUGCCUACUAGUACUGGUACUGCUGACAAACAGGGCACCAGUACCUGUCCUGCUGACGCUGAUGGUGACUGCAGUACAUGCCAUCGGAGAUUUUUGCAAGUAAUGUUGUUACUGAUAGUCUUGCUGUGUGUGGAUAUUCGAACCUUUUUCAUGGGCAAGUCAAGUCCCAUUGAAUUAGAAUUUACUAACUCAACCACUACUCAACCUCAAGCAACUGCAACUGCAACCCAGCCACAUCCACAACCUGAACCACAGCCUGAACCACAGCCACAACAACAGCCUGAACCUCAACCUGAACCUCAGACCUCUUCUUCUUUCAAAAAAUCUACGCGCUUCUCCACCCCAAAUGACUUUACGGCCCACAUGCAACGAGGGCUGAACAUUAUUUACACCAAGAGUGGCUGUCACAUGGCUGCUUGGAUCUAUCAUGUGGAUCAUGGAGACAUGAACUCCAAAGCCCGACAAAAAUUUCUGGAUUGUUCCAUGUACGAUGGGCAUUGGAAGAAACAAUCGGCCGAGCAGCUGCUCAAUACUACAAAUUUGUGUCCCAACGAUACCAUUUACGUCCAAUUCAUUGAUUUGGCAGACUUUGUGCAAAAGUUCUUGGUGCACAACACCAGAGCCAAGGAUCUAGUCCUCAUUACGGGACAAAGGUAUAAUCGCUUUGCCCAACGAAAUUCAAGAAGGGAAGGGUAUUAUACAUCCACGACCAUCUCCUCCAAUCCCAAUGUUCUACAUUGGUUCUCACACAAUACGGAUCGUGUGGGCUUUUGCAAUAAGGGGUGCACCGUACCUCUGAGCCCGUUUCCAUAUGGUUUGCGGGAGGAGAGUGCUGUGCGACACUAUCAACCAGUCUUUUUGGAGAGGAUUCAGAAUCCACAAAAAAACAAAACUAUCUAUGCCGGGCAUUUGGGCGACAGCGGGAAACUACGAUCCAAAGCAAAUAUUACGGGAACGAAUACUGCCAAAUUGCCUGAAUCCGAGUACUACCAGAAAAUGGCCGACUAUCGAUACAUUGUUUCGCCCAAUGGUGAUCGACCCGAGUGUUAUCGCCAUUACGAAGCAAUUGGAUUGGGAACCAAACCCAUUACUCAGUUGAGUCCUACAGUGCACUCGCAUUUGAACGGGGCCGUGGUGUACGACAAUCAAAACUGGGAUUUGGAAUAUCUCGAAAAGACGCUGCCCAUGGAUGAUGUGCAUCCUGUGGAUCGUCACUUGGUCUUUGAGGAAUAUUGGAUGGAGUAUGUCGAAGGACUUGUGGGACGGAACUUGCGAUGGUUUGAUCGAGUCACGGGCAAUCAUUCUCUUAUUGCGGAUUUGGCAGUGAUAAACACUUGA